AGUCCCUUUUAGAACACAGCUCUGAGAAGGGAGAGGGAGCACAAAGGCAGCCAGCCAGCAAGGGCUUGUGCUUAGCACAAGGGUCGCUGGCGUUUUCCUCUUCCAGCCUUUGUCCUGCGCUGAUUGGCUUGUCUCUCUCUGAUCAGUGGGGUGGACACGGCUCCAGAGGAAUGAGCUCUAGCACAAUAGCUCUGGCCCCUGUGGCCAAGAACGUGAUGGUAUAUCGCAAUGGGGACUCCUUCUUCCAUGGAAGGAAGUUUGUGGUGAACCAGCGCCAGUUCCUGACCUUUGAAGCGUUUCUGAAUGAGGUGACCAGCACCAUCCAUGCCUCUGUGGCUGUGAGGAACAUCUACACCCCCAGGCAGGGCCACCGGGUCACUGAGCUGGAGGAGCUGCAGAAUGGAUGCCCAUAUGUGGCAGCUGGCUUUGAGCGGUUCAAAAGGCUAGACUAUUUAAACCCUGGAAUGAAGCAGCUCAGUGGGAGCAGGAAAAAAAAUAGCUUGCAGAUCCGCCCCAUGGUUCCCCAGAAGCUGAACAUGGCAGCGCGAUGGCAGAAGCACGUCCACCUGCCCUGCAUUAUACACGUUUUCCGGAAUGGGGAUUUGCUGAGCCCCCCUUUCCGACUGCUGCUCUCCAAGAGCACCCUGCAGGAGUGGGACGCCAUCCUGGGCCUGCUGACGGAGAAAGCCAACCUGCGCAGUGGAGCUGUUCGAAAACUCUGCCAACUGGAUGGAGUCCCGGUCUCCGGUGGCGAGGAGCUGGUGAACGGUGAAUACUAUGUGGCGGUCGGGGUGGAGAAGUACAAAAAUCUGCCCUACUUUGAACUGCUGGUGCCUAAGAAUUCUGGGCACCGGGCAUUACGGAACCAUCCAAACAACAGACGCAGGAGCCACAAUCAGGGGUUUGGUAAAAGCUAUGCCACCUCCCAGGAUGGAGCUAGCGACUCUGCCCUCAUUGAUUCACCUCAGCAGCCGGACUAUCGCAGGGUGCAGUCCACAGGAGCCGCAGAGAAAGACAAGACCCCCGUUCCUUCUCCAGCAGUGCGCAGACAAGCCGGGAAAUAUCCACGCAAAGAGGAAGAGUCUGUUUUCCACGCUAAGCCUGUCCGUGCAGGGCAAAACAGGACAAAUAGCAGGAACAUGCAACACUGGCCUGACCAAGAAGAGGGAAGUGUCUAUAAAGUGAAAGACCCGAGAAAGGAGAUGCGAGGUGCCCGGGAAGUAGUGGAGGAUGAAUACACAAAGAUGGAGCUACCUGUUGAUCAGAGAGCUGCAGAGACUGUGGAAGAAGUUAUACCAAAAAACAAAAUGACUCCUCAUAGCAAGGUUGGGAGCACUGCCAGAUCACGGAAGGCUGUGACAAUGCGAAAUUACACCAGUGACUCAGAGGAGGAAGAGAACUGAAAGAGCCAUUUCUCUGACAGUGUGAAGCUCUGAAGAGUUUAUGAAGUGACUGAUGAAAUGGAGACCAAGUUAGCUUUAUUCUCUGUGCAGUGGUGGAUAACAUAAGCACCUUGAUCAAAUCCAAUGACUUUUAAAAAUGCUUGUUUUAAACAAUAAGAAUGCCUUCAUUAUCUGGGCUUUGUAAAGCAGGCUUCAGGUGAACAAUGAAUCAGAUAAAUUUAUAUUUUUAAAAAUAUAUUAUGAAUGUAAUAUAAA